AUGUCGGCUUUCCUCCUCCAAGUGGCGACUAGUGGCACAACGGCCAGUCAUUCCGAUGCAAUCAUUAUAGCCGAUGAUGAGAGAUUACCAAUACCCGAGCCAGGCACCUCGCGACCUCAAAAGGCCCCUCGGCGCGAUUACAGUUACCCUGAUUUUAAGAGUAUGGACUUUAGUGAUGAUGGGGCUGACACAGAACCAUCACGCAAACGCAAAAGAACUGAAACGGGGGAGUCCUCUACUCUGACACGAGCUCCUCACGAGGCCUUAGGAUGUUCGUUUGGAGAGGAACAGGCACAAAAGGACACAAAAGGAGCUAUCACAGCUAAGAAAACUGGACUGCAAGAUCUACUAUAUGCAGCCAGACCGUUGGGUGGCUUUGCUAUGUGGGCACAUGGUCUGCAAGUUGUGCGCAGAAAGUCUUGCGACUCCAAGGAGAUGCCCUCUUUGUAG